AUGGAAGAAGAAGACUUACAAAGUAACAGUGUUCAAAAACCUAAAGGAGUAGGCCCUGAAGACCAACACAUGGACGAAGACAUGCAAGAAAAAACUGAUGAUGUUGUCGAAAAUGUGGCUAUGCAGGUGGUUUCAAAUGAAGGUAGUCAGGGCUUAGCAAAAGAGCCCAGUUCUGCGAGGAAAAUUGUCUCGUAUAAGGAUAAACUCCUACACCUUAAUGGAGAUGGUUACGUCUCGGACAGUGAGGAUGAACACUGGAUGGUUACACAAAAGAGAGAGGAGGAGGAAGAAGACGUAGAGGAAGUUACUGGGGAGGAAGGAGUGUACGAGGUGAUCGAUCUGGAUAAUGGGCACUUAUUGCUACGUUUUUCUGAUGAAAAGGACUACUUUCGCAUUUUGCACGAAGGUCCAUGGGUGUUAGCUGACCAUUACUUGAUUGUACAACGAUGGAGGCCUAUGUUCAAUCCAUAUGAUGAAGAUGUGAGGAAACUAGCCAUCUGGAUGCGCAUCCCAAGCCUACCUAUUGAGUUAUACUCCUCACACCAUCUCUGGAGAAUUGGUAAUAUAUUCGGUAGAACACUAAAAGUUGAUAAGAACUCCAUCAGAAGGGUGGAAGAAAGAGAUGAAGAGGUGACAAGUAAAGCUCGUUACACAAGGAUUUGCGUGGAAGUUAACCUCAAUAAGAGCCUACUGUCCAAAUUCAAAAUAGGAGACCAAACUUUUCAGGUUGGCUAUGAAGGACUCCACCUUAUCUGUUUCUCCUGUGGCCAAUAUAGACACAAGAAAGAACACUGUGGAACGGUGCACCAUUCCAAAUCAGUGCAAGCCAACCAGGUUAGUCAAAGCCAAGGAGAAGGUGCCACCAAUGAAGUAGGGAGCGCUCGAGUAGAUGAAUGCCUUUGGUAA